GCCGCCGCCGGGCGCCCCCCUGCCGCCCCAUGCUGUGCUCCAUGGCGAACUCGGGCUGCCUCCUGCUGUCCAACUCCGGCAGCAUGCUCCCGCACUCCGUGCCCUGCCCGCCCGCCUUCCUCUACCUCCAACAGAGCGAUCAGGACGCCACGGCUCCGCCUGAAGCGAUGGCCCAGCCCUACCCCCCCGCCCAGUACCCCCCUCCGCCACAGAACGGCAUCCCUGCCGAGUACGCACCGCCCCCACCGCACCCCACGCAGGACUACUCCGGCCAGACCCCGGUCCCCACAGAGCAUGGCAUGACCCUGUACACACCAGCACAGACCCACCCCGAGCAGCCAGGCUCCGAGGCCAGCACACAGCCCAUCGCCGGGACCCAGACAGUGCCGCAGACAGAUGAGGCGGCACAGACGGACAGCCAGCCGCUCCACCCCUCCGACCCUACAGAGAAGCAGCAGCCCAAGCGGCUACACGUCUCCAACAUCCCCUUCCGGUUCAGGGACCCCGACUUGCGGCAAAUGUUCGGGCAAUUCGGAAAAAUUUUAGACGUGGAGAUCAUUUUUAACGAGCGGGGCUCCAAGGGUUUUGGGUUUGUAACUUUUGAAACUAGCUCAGAUGCUGACCGAGCCCGGGAGAAGCUGAAUGGGACGAUCGUAGAGGGACGGAAAAUUGAGGUCAAUAAUGCCACGGCCCGAGUGAUGACCAACAAGAAGACGGGGAACCCCUACACCAACGGCUGGAAGCUAAAUCCAGUGGUCGGCGCAGUCUACGGGCCUGAAUUCUAUGCAGUGACGGGGUUCCCCUACCCCACCACCGGCACAGCCGUUGCCUACCGGGGCGCACAUCUUCGGGGCCGGGGCCGGGCCGUGUAUAAUACAUUUCGGGCUGCGCCACCCCCACCCCCCAUCCCGACUUACGGAGCGGCACUGGAGCAAACGCUUGUUAAAAUGCCAGUCCCAUGGGCGGGGCUGGCACCGUGCCCCCUCCCUCCUCAGCAGACACCGGAGCCGGCCUACCCCACCUCUCCAGCGUUCCCACCACUUUCUUGUCCGUUUGCUUCCAGGGUCGUGUAUCAGGAUGGAUUUUAUGGUGCUGAGAUUUAUGGAGGCUACGCAGCCUACAGAUACGCUCAGCCCGCUGCAGCGGCGGCAGCCUACAGCGACAGUUACGGCAGAGUCUACGCAGCUGCCGACCCGUACCAUCACACCAUCGGGCCCGCGGCGACCUACAGCAUUGGAACCAUGGCUAGCCUCUGCCGAGGAGGGUACAGCCGCUUCACCCCCUACUAGCAAGAGACCCAGCCCCUAACAGCAUUCACACUGACUGCCUAUCACACACCAAACCCAACAGCCCAAAACCAGGCACAGCCACCAGAAGACAGUGCACCCCUCCCGGUCAGCGACACACACGGCUGGCCCCCUGCGACUCUAAAAUCUAUAGAUAUUUCUCUCCAGCCAGUUGGUCUCCCCACCCUACCUGUGCUGGUGUGUGUGUCUUUGACCCUGGUUUUUCCUCUAUGUCUGAAACCGUGAUUUCCUAUUUUGACUUUGUUGAUGUUGUACUACCCAAGCCAUUGCAGGUACAGUAUGCACACCGUGGGGUCCAGGCUGGGCCAGGAGACCAGGCAGCCCCCAACCUGGGAGUAGCGGUAGCGCCCUAUGAGGGCAAGAGCCACAUUUCCUGGCCUCCCGGGCUGCACAGAACAACAGAAACGCCUGGCAGGGCCUCCCCUAAAGCCACCCGACCAGCCCUGUGCCACGGCCCUAGUGUCCAGCACCCUGACGCAGGGAGGGAGGGGCUCCAGGCACCCAGUGUGGGUCUCCCCGGCCUGAGGGUGCUCCCGCAGGCCUUCACCCAGCCAACCACAGGAGUAGCCACUGCCCCUCCUUGCCCCAUUCAGCUGAAACUAAUAUUUUUAAUUAAAUUUUAUUGACGAUAUUUCUUGCCGACGUAGUCACAAGCGUGUCGCGUGGUGUGCAAACUGCUGUGGUCACGCCAGUCUCUGCGACUCCUUAGCACUGCUGCAGCAGAAAGUGGAAAUGUGGAAAGGCACGUCCUGGUCGCUUCUCAGGGCGCCCCUUAGCACUGCAGGGCCGAGGCCAGGCCAGCCUUGCAAGGGGGUUGUCCUGGAGGCACAGCCUACUUUCCCUGUCCCCAAGCUCCGAAAUGUCUUUAUUGGGGUAUGUUCCGGAAGGAGGGGUCCUCAGCAGGAGAGCCGAUGAGGGGCAGAAUGCACCCUUGCUCAGGCCCUCCCCUGAGCGCAGGCCGGUCAGCCCCAGGUCAGCCCCCUCCCUGCAUUAGGGAGACUGCAGGCAGGGCCCUGUGGCCUGCAGGCCACUCCUUCCUCAGCCCUGGGACUGGCCAGCCCGGUGCAUGGCGCUUCUGGGGAGACACUGGCUGGGACCUCAGUUGAGCACAGCCGUGGGCAGCUGCUGGCCUGCCUGGGAAAAGCCAGCCAAGACAGGCACAGUCCUUUCCUGGGGCUGGCCUGGGGCACACAGAUCUGCACCUCCAUGACAGGGAAAAGUAGCCUCAGGUUCUGAGUGUGCCACAGCUGGGCUCCUGGGGCUGGAAGGCCAGCUGGAGGGUGUGGGUUCCCCACCAGUGAGGGCUGAAGUCCUGCCGCCCACCAGGCCCUUGCCGUGGGGGGCCCGGCUACCCCACCUCCCGUGGCCGGACCAUCACCCUCUGCCAUCUCAUCCAGGCCGCCUCGAAGCCUGUGCUGGCCCAGCCUCUCCACUCGCCCUGCCCUGCUCAGCUCUGUCUCCUCCUCAUGGCCCCAGGUGUCUCCUCCCAUCCUGGGCUGCCUGGGCCCCAUCCUGGCAUCCACCCACACUCAGCCCUGGAAUAUGAGGGUCCUGGAACCUGGGGGGCAGGUGUGGCGGCGCCAGGACUUUAGGCCAGGGGCCCCGUGCCACGCGGUCCUGUCGCCCUCACACCUGCUGCGCCUCCCCCUGAGAAGCUGCAAGUCCUGCCUUUCUGUUUCUGUUGUAGUGAAACCUUCCACCGUUUCCUUCUCGGACCAUGAAGGGCAAAAACAAAAAAACAAAAAAAAUCACAAAACAAAAAAAACAAAAAAAGA